AUGGAGAAAAUCACUUGUGACAAAUAUUCCUCCAGGACUUUUGAGGGCACUGAGAGGCAGCGAGAAAGAUGGGAACGUCGAAAUCAAGGGCAAAGGCGUAGAAUUCAUCGACGCUCAGAAAGCAGGGAAAAAUGGGUGGAAACUCUAGUGGUGGUGGACCCCAAAAUGGUGGACUAUCAUGGGAGUAAAGAUGUGGAAAGCUACGCCCUUGCUGUCAUGAACAUUGUGGCGGGUAUCUUUAGAGAUGCCAGUAUCGGGAAUGCAAUCAACAUUGUGAUUGUUCGGCUCAUCCUUCUGGAGCAGGAUGAGGAUGACCUAAAGAUUACACACCAUGCUGACAACAGCCUGAGCAGCUUCUGUAAAUGGCAGAAGAAACUCAACAUGAAAGGAGACGAGCACCCGCUGCACCAUGAUGUGGCUGUUCUACUCACCAGGAAGGACAUAUGUGCAGCUUUCAACAUGCCAUGUGAGACUCUGGGACUGUCUCAUGUGGCGGGAAUGUGCCAACCUCAUCGCAGCUGCAGCAUUAGUGAAGACACGGGCCUCCCCAUGGCCUUCACAGUGGCACACGAGCUGGGGCACAACUUUGGGAUUCAGCACGAUGGCAACGGUAAUGACUGUGAACCCAUUGGGAAACGACCUUUCGUCAUGUCUCCACAGCUCCUGUAUGGCACCUUCCUGCCUCGCUGGUCCCGCUGCAGCCGUCAGUAUAUCACCCGCUUCCUAGAUCGAGGCUGGGGGUGGUGCCUGGAUGAUGCCCCGAUGAAGGCCAGGUUGUCUCUUACCUCAGUGCUUCCUGGCGUUCUGUACACCGCAGUUCAUCAGUGUCGCCUGCAGUAUGGAUCCGGGUCUCGUCUCUGUGAUGACGUGGAUAAUGUAUGCAGCACUCUGUGGUGCACUGUCGGAACAACCUGCCACUCAAAGCUGGAUGGCGCCGUUGAUGGAACAAGCUGUGGGGAGGACAAGUGGUGCAUCAAUGGAGAGUGUGUACCAUCAGGACAUAAGCCAGAGAGUGUACAUGGCGGCUGGGCUUCCUGGAGCGAGUGGUCUGCUUGUACCAGGACCUGUGGUGCUGGAAUCCAGAGUGCAGAAAGAGAAUGCGAUAACCCUGUUCCAAAACACAGAGGAAAGUAUUGUCUGGGAGUACGCAGGAAGUACAAGAUCUGUAACACCAGACCAUGUCAACCUGAUAAGCCUUCCUUCAGAGACAUUCAGUGUACUCACUUCAACACUCUGCCAUAUAAGGGCAAGUUUUACAAGUGGCAUGCAGUUAUCAACAAAGGUGAGUUUGUCAAACCAAGGUUUGUUUCCUGUAUUCCUGCAUUUUUCAAGUAAAAUGUUACAGUUAAAAUGCGGGACGUCGUCGUCGAUGGGACCCCUUGUUACGAAGACAACAAAAGUAGAGAUAUGUGCAUCAAUGGGAUUUGUCAGAAUAUCGGCUGCGAUUAUGUGAUUAACUCCAACUCUGUCGAGGAUCGCUGUGGAGUCUGCAAUGGUAACGGCUCCACCUGCACAACUGUCAGGAGAACAUUUAAAAAGAGCGAAGGAAUAGGCUAUGUAGAUGUCGGCCUGAUCCCAGAGGGAGCCUGGGAUAUCCUGAUUGAGGAGGUGGCUGAAGCUGGGAACUUCCUGGCGCUGCGAAGUGACAACCCCAGCAGGUAUUUUUUAAAUGGAGGCUGGACCAUCCAGUGGAAUGGAGAAUACAAGGCAGCAGGAGCAGUAUUCACUUAUGAGAGGACGGGACAACUGGAAAAUCUGACAUCGCCUGGGCCCACGAUGGAGCCACUGUGGAUUCAGCUUCUCUUUCAGGAAACCAAUCCAGGUGUGCGAUAUGAGUACACAGUCAGUCAAAAUUCUUCCAAAGAUGACAACAGCUUUGGGUACACUUACUUCUGGAAAUAUGGAUCAUGGACUGAAUGCAGUGUUACUUGUGGGAGAGGUGUACAGGGGCAGAUAGUUUACUGUGUGGAAAAGACUACUGGGAUUGCUGAGGAGCAUUUCUGCGACCCCUCAACUCGACCUGAUGACAACCAAACCAGCUGUUACCGGGAUCCUUGUCCAGCAAUAUGGUGGGUUGGAGAAUGGCAUAAGUGCUCAGCAAGCUGUGGUAGCCUGGGUCAGGCUAUAAGAACAGUCCUUUGCAUCCAAGCUGUGAGCGCAGAAGAGCAGAAAGCUUUGGAUCCAAGUGACUGCAACCAUAUCCCCAGGCCUGAGUCUGUAUCCGUCUGCAACAUACACAUCCCCUGCCCUGCAGACUGGAGCACUGGAAGCUGGUCAAAGUGCUCAGUAACUUGUGGUCCUGGAACGCGUCACCGCAAUGUAACCUGCUCCAGGAACACCGGGGUAGAUUGUGACCCUCAAAACAAACCGUCGGCGGUCACAAGCUGCCAGGUUCGGGACUGUCCCUCGGUUUUGGAUAAUUUUGGAGGCAUCGAAUGGUCUGGCAGUGGUUGGAUGAGCAAUGAGGUGUUCAAUGAAAUAAAUAUCCUUCCUGAAGCCAAACCUCUCCCCAAAUAUGGCACCAACAGAGGCCAGCCGAGGAGUCAGAAAGACCACAAUUACGUUGUUGAGGGAGAUUUCCACUACAACAAUAACAUUGAAAAUAACCAGAAUACCAUUGAAGAUAAUGAACCUUCUCGUGAAACCAGCGUUCACAUCGACGAUUUCUACUAUGAUUACAACUUUAUCGACUUUCAUGAGGACUUAUUUAAUGAACUUGGGAUAUUUGAGGAGGAAUCGGACGACAGUCACAGUUUAAACUCUCCGCAAGAAGCAAAACCAACCCAGUUUAUAAAAGAAAAGGGUUUGACAGAAACUCCACAGGUUCCCAUUACUACUUCACCUCCUAGGUUGAUUACAGACCUCCACCUUUUGCAAACUAAAGAGCCAGAAAGCACAGAAACAAAUGUCAAAAAGGUUCACUCUGAGCAAGAAUAUCAAGAUGAAAUAAAUGACUUUCUGUAUGAAGAUCACCUUCUCCCAGUAUCUGCCACCAGACCAUCUCCACUGUCCACAACCCCAGAUUCACAAACUGUACAAAAAGGUAAAAGUCUGAUGCCUGAAGUUAUCAGCACAAAGCAGAGUCUGGUUGUCAUCACAAAGUGGCCUGUAGAGGAUGAAACACGGGGUCAUUCUGGAGAGCAGAUGGAAUAUAACUACAGUGAUUCCAGUGAGGAGGAAAAUCACUUUUACCGUCUCACUGUGCCUCCGACACACACUGCUCCUGCUGCCAGAACUAUAACCACUGAUGUUACCUCAAAAUCAAAUGCUCGAAAGGUUGUUACAGCAUAUAUCUCUUCAGAUGAAGAUGUGGAAAGUUCAGAACCUUUAGGCGCUCCGUCUCUAGAGAAGGGAAGUCAGGCUGUGACUGAUCUUGACAGUAAUGUUUCAGAAAUACCUCAAACAACCAGUCAGUACUCAGACAUUCCAGGUGCUUUCACGGAGGAGGAUUGGGAUCUGAAUCAGAAUCGUUUUGCUAAGGGUGACGGUAACCUCUGGGAUUCAAAACUUGAGCUCAGCACAUCAUCACCUCUUUUCUCGGAGAAACCCUCACCUCCUCCCGUUCCCCUCCUUCUAAUCUCAGGUAAACAAGACAUGUCUGACUCUAUAUUUUCAACUGAAACAGAUGUCAGAUUGGAUAAAAUCCUCCAGGGAGCUACAAGCACCCCUCCAGAUGGAAAACAGAUACCUUCAUACGCUGAGAAAACUGGAACAGACGGAGCAUUCCAGCCUACUUCAUUUCAUUCGUCUGAUUUUCAUUACAAUGAAAUAUUAAUUCCCUCUGUGGUGCAGAGCAGCGAUAACAGUCAUUCAGGAGCUAAACACCAAUCUAUAACCACAUCAAUCAUUCCUAAACUUAGCUCAGCUCCAGCACAGCAGGUAAAAUCAACGACACCAAGUGCUCUAAUUCUCCCAACUUCAGCUCCACUUCUGCAUUCAGUCCAAACUUCAGCCUCCACACUGGUCAAUAGUGCAGCCUUCUGGAUUACUGGUAACUGGAGCUCUUGCUCCACUAGCUGCGGUCUGGGUGCUAUAUGGAGGACUCUGAUUUGCAGCACUGGCUCAGAAUCAGACUGCGAUCAAACCAAGAGGCCUGCACCUGCCAGACAGUGUUACCUGAGGCCUUGCUCCUCGUGGAAGGUUGGGGAAUGGAGUAAGUGCUCCAAAAACUGUGAAGGUGGAAUUAAAUUGAGAGAGGUUCAGUGUUUUGACCUGAGAGAUCAAAGACCUCUUCGACCUUUCCACUGCCGGGCCAUGUCCAGCAGGCCAUUAGCACAAAUGCCAUGCAAUGUACGGACAUGUCUCGACUGGUACACGUCCUCCUGGGGCCAGUGCUCUGAGGUGUGCGGAGGUGGUGAGCAGCAGCGCAUAGUCACCUGUCCAGAGGAUGAUCGAUGCGACCGAGACCUUCAGCCAAGCGCUAUUCAAUCCUGCAACAUCCAGCCUUGUGCUCAGUGGCUUACUGGAUCGUGGGGACAGUGUUCAGCUUCUUGCGGAGGAGGACUGCAGCAUCGGCUCAUCAAAUGUGUCAACACAAAGGCAGAGGAUUCAGAAGAAUUGGAUCAAGAUCAGUGUGACAACAAGCUAAAACCAAACGACAACCAAAAGUGUAACAUGCAGGAUUGCAAAACUGCUCCCUCCGAAGCAGUUUGUCUUCGGGACUGGCUGACGUCUCGUUUCUGCCAGACUCUCCGCUCGCUCGGCCGCUGCCGCCUGCCAAACAUGCAAAUCCAGUGUUGCAAGACGUGCAGUCAGCGUGGCAGCAUCAGCAGGGUGUUUCGCCACUGAGGUCCCAAUAUCUCCUGGGCUGCAUCCAUGGGGUAAAAAAACAACAGGUCAUUACAGGGAGUCAACCACUGGGGAGCUCUACUGAACAACAGAUAAAUGAACAAUCAGGCACUGAGACACGUGCAGCACAAGAGGCUGAUGUGCAGUACUGAAAGCAACAAACCAAGAAUGUAAACAUUUGUUUGUACUUUUUAUGUAAGACAAUUUGACGACGUCCGUUUGGCAGAAUUAAGUGUUUUUACAUAAGAUUAGAUCCUUCCAGUGUACCCAGCUACAAUGCAUUAAUACACAUAUAGAUAAACUGCAAAUUAAUCUUUUAAGUUGUAAUUUUAUUUUUUUUAGUUUAAUGGUGGCUGCGGAAUCCUACAAUGUACAGAUCAGUGGUUUUCCGUAUGUGGUACAGGUGCUGGGGAAGCAAAACAUAUGGUGCAUAGCUGAUACCAGAGACACUAUUUCACUAAGUCCUAUGCUUUUGGCAUCUUUUUUUUCUUUUUGCUAUUAUGGUAGCUUUUGGUUUAUGGUUUAAAAUCCUCUUCAUGAAACUGGUAUUCAACAGCGUCUUCAGCCAGAGGCUACUUCAGAGCUGUAAGCCAGACCGUUACACACCUAUCAGCAUCACUCUGUAAAGGAGCCUUUUCAAUUCAUUUAAGUUAACACAUCAGGGUCUAACUGGGAAAUCUUUCAGAAGCUUUCCAGAAACAUAUAUAUCAUAGAAAACCUUUAAAAAAUUUUUCUUUUUUGAUUUAAAGUUUGAAAAAGGCCCAAGUGGAACCGUCAUAUUAUUCCCUAUAUGAAGCAUAUGUAAAAGGAAUGGCUUACCAUGUGUAAACAGAGCCUGAACCUCACAUUAAAUCCCUGAUUCCAAAUGCAUUCCUACUAUCUGUUUCAAUUUGCAUGUUUUCUAAACAAAAUCAAAGCUUUGUCAGGCUACUGUAUAAAACGUCAAACUCAACGCUAUUUCUGACAUAUGAAUUGAAAAAGCGAAAUGUCUUCAAACUUAGAAACAAAGUCAAGUGGAUAUAUAUAUAU